AUGAUUUCUUCCUCGUUCCUUAUCGUUGCACUGUGGUCAGCUUCCAAAGUCAUCGCCAAUCAACUUACUUGUCCCACUGCAUCAUCUUUGCCCCGCAACGAUGUCUGUAGCGGACCACCAGAAGUGUUCAUUAUUGCUCAUAGUCAUGGAAAAGGGCUCGGUGUGUUCGCAACCCACGAUCUAGAGCUUGGCGACAUUGUCAUGAGAGAGGCCCCUGCCAUCAAGAUCGAGCCACCCAGAGUGGGCAAGGGAGAUCCCUAUCCCAUGUCCGAAAUAUCUCGACUUGUCGAAGAGCAAUUUCAACAUCUCCCAACUGCAGCUCAAGCAGAGAUCAUGUCAUUGACAGUUCACGCAACAGCUGUGGAAAAGAAAACACAGAGCCGUCUAGCACUGAUCUUUCGAACCAAUGCAUACAACACUGGCACGGGUAUUGGGCUUUUUCCUAAGAUUGCGCGGAUCAAUCACUCUUGUCGACCCAACACCAGCUAUUACUGGAGCGAGAAGCUGAACAAACGGAUCGUGUUCGCAUCUCGGAAGAUCAAGAAAGGGGAAGAGUUCUUCGUAUCAUACAUUCCUUUACUAUUGACACGCGAUGAGAGACAAAGGCGCCUAAGGCAGUAUGGGUUCGAAUGUACAUGCGAUGUGUGUGCCCAAGAUCAGGUUGCUUUGCAAGUCAGCGACGGUCGCCGUGUCGAACUCAGAGAGACUUUUCUCAAUCUCGAAUCCAACCUUAGCAUGAAUCCACCUCAUUCUAAGAGCGGAAAAAGGCAGGCAAGAGAGAAAGCCGAGGCUGGGCAUCGACUCAUUGAGCUGGUUCAAGAGGAAGGCCUCACAGACUAUUAUGCUAAAGCCUACCGAAUCGCUGCAAUCCACUACGCCAGGAUCGAGGAUUGGGAAAAUGCCGCUAUCUGGUCAAACAAAGGCUACGAACUGAGAUUCAUUGAAGAUCCCAAGUCCAAUUCCACCUUGGAAAUGCGCCAUCUCACUAGUAUGUUCCUGGAGAGUUGGGAAAAUCAGCUGAAACAGCAUUCAAGCACAUGA